CGCAGGCCCCGCCCCAUGACGCCGGGGGGCGGGAGCGCGGCGGAGCUCUUAGGUUGCGGAAGUGGUACGCCGCCUCACUUCCGUCGAGGUGUGCAAGCGCAGUGGGCGGCGGGGAACGGCGACCGGCGGGGGUGGGAGGUGGGGAUGGCGCUGUGGCUCCCGCGGUCGCGGGACGGCGGCCCUCCGUCGCAGGAGGAGGACGACGAGGAGCGGAGGCGGGCUCCCGACUCCCGUCAGCGUCCGCUGGAAGCGCAGACAUAUGACCAAGAGGUUGAAUUAGCCUGCCAAAAAGAAAGAGAGUUUGUGAAGCACUCUGUGGAAUAUACGUGGAACCUAGCAGAAGCCCAGCAAAAACUUGGUAGCUUAGCACUGCAUAAUUCAGAAUCCCGCGAUCAGGAAUCUGCUAGAGCAAAGACUGAUGCUGCAGAGCUGAGACAGAGAGAGGAAGAGUGGAGAAGAAAAGAAGAAGCACUAAAGCAGAGGGAAAGACUGAAUCUAUGGAACACACCUCCUGUUAGUAAGGAGGUAUUUAAUAAGAGUCUUAUUAAUCAAAAAAGAAAAGAAAGAGAAGAUGAAGAUGAGUCUGAACCACUUAUGCAAAAACAUGAACAAAAGAUUAGACACUUUGGUAUGCUGAGCAGAUGGGAUGAUAGUCAAAGAUUUUUGUCUGAUCACCCAUAUCUUGUAUGUGAAGAAACAUCUAGAUAUCUCAUGUUGUGGUGUUUUCAUCUAGAAGCUGAACAGAAAAGAGCUCUGAUGGAGCAAGUAGCACACCAGGCAGUUGUAAUGCAGUUUAUUAUAGAAAUUGCCAGAAGCUGCAGUAUGGAUCCAAGAGGCUGUUUUCGUCUCUUUUUCCAGAAAGCCAAAACCGGGGAAGGUUAUUUUGAGGCUUUUAAAAAUGAACUUGAGGCAUUCAAGACGAGAGUGAGAAUCUGGUCACAAUCACAUGGCUUUCAAACUAUGUUACUACGUGAUCUCAGUGUCAAUCCUGGUCUUGUGGGAGAGCUGCUAUCUCUUUCACAGAACACAGGUGAUCUACAAGGUUCCAUGAACACAGAUGUCUGCAGUGCAAACUCUGUGAUGCAAAGAGAUGAAGAAGAAUCCAAAAUGAUGGAUACAGUGUAGUACUCCUAAGGCUGAGGCCAAGUACUUUUUUUUUUUAUCCCCCCAAAGAAACAAACAUGGCUAUUUUUUCUUGACACUUAUUUUUCUGGGUACUGCACUUUAUUUUUUGUGUCAGAUUUUUGUUGUUGUUGUUGUUUGGUUUCAGGGGGAAGAGAUUUUGAAGGGUGGGUAAUUCAGAAAACCUUGUAAUACUGUUUGCAAAUGUGCUGCUAGGUUUUUGGUUGUUCUUGAAGGGCAGGGUUCUCAUAUUGCCGAAUGUGAAACUGGAUGUGUUUUCUGCUACUAACCUUGCCUUUCAUGACUUUUAGAAAUUAAAGUAUGAAAAAAAAAAAUCUGCACAAAUACAAUGUUUACAAGAAGUGGUAGAUUCUUGGUAGAAUCUGCUAUUGUCUUACUACAGCUGUGGACAUGUUUUACUCUAUGAAUAUUGGAGAUCACAACUGUAUUCAUGCUACCUUGCUGACAUUAUAAGCUCUCAAAUUUAGUUAUCACUAAUAGCAAUAAAUCAAUAUCUGGUAUCAGUAUUUCACAUCUGAAUGGGUUAGAUUAAAACACUGGCUUUCUACCUCUACUAAGGGGAUUUAAAUGUUACACUGUGCUUUCAUUAAAUGUAACUUGGUUUUGUCCUAAAAUGUAAGCAACGCUUGUCUA